UGUAAUCUUGUUUCACAUUGUCACACGACACCGCCGACGACGGUCGUCUCCUCGAUAGCAUAGUGUAACUUGUAUACGAAUAAUACGAAAUUAAAUUGUAAAUAAAUAAUAUAUUUGCAGAGAAGAAACUUCAAGCAUUGAGAAAGAAGAAUAAGGUUGUUGAAAAUUUAGCUGCAUAUCGGGCCGACUGUAUCGAUCGCCUGUUGCGAGAAGGGUGUGAUCUCGACCCCGUGGUUGGAGAUACCGAUUCGGAAAAGCUACUUCAGGACUAGAGUGAUACAUUGUAAGUAACCAUGGCAUCUUCAUCAUCCACCAUAGAUCUGUCCGGGCCCACAUUCUGUGUGGUCUCUGGCGCCUCUCAGGGCAUCGGCCGGGCUAUAGCUGUCGAAGUAUCGAAACACUUGGGUCCCAACUCCCUCAUGCUCCUACUGGCCCGUAAGAAAUCUGAUCUUGCACAAUCAGCAAGCCUCUGUGAAUCGGACAAUGUUAAGGUUGUGUACACCUCAAUUGACUUAUGUUCAGCAUCGGAGAAGGAGAUGUACGAUGUCAUAAUACAAGGUCUGAGUGGAAGGAAGGUGACCGACUUCACAACCAGCCUGAUCUUCCACAAUGUUGGCUCGAUCGGUAACUUAAGCAUUGAGACAGCUCGCAUGGAGAAUAUUGAAGAAAUGCAGGAAUACUUCAAAUUGAAUGUGUUUAAAGUUAUUUCAUUGAAUACUCAGUUUCUCAAAAUAUUUAAGGAUGUAGAGGACAGGCUGGUUAUUGUGAACACAACAUCGCUCUGUGCAAUUAAGCCUAUGGGAGGUAUGGCAUAUUACUGUAGUGGCAAAGCCGCGCGUGCUAUGUACUUUAGGGUGCUCGCUGAGGAGAAGAAACAUGUGACGGUGCUGAACUACUCCCCUGGCCCAGUUGAGACAUCUAUGAUUGAACAGGUGAUAGAAGAAGCAGUCAAUCUGAAUCUCAAAGAGGUGUUCACAACAUUCAGGAACCAGGCAUCUCUGUUAAAGCCCGAGGUCACAGCUAAGAAAUGUAUCAAAGUCUUACUUUCUAGAAAGUUCAAAUCGGGUGAUCAUGUUGAUUACUUUGAUGAUGAAUGAGCUAAUCUAUGCAGCAGUUAAACUGGGUUUAAAUGCAAUUAACAUAGUUACUAUUUAUUGUUUUUUGAAAUUCCUCUGAAACUAUGCCUAAAUUUUUAUCGAUGCUGCCUAAUAUAUUAUAAUAUUAUAAAUUGUUCAUAUCAUUGGUCAUAAAUGAAAAUCCAUUUAUAAAUUUAUGACAUACAAUAAUUGCAUUUACUCCACAUCAAACUUCAUUACAUUCCUAUAUAUUUAUGUAUGAAUGCAAUUCAUAUUAAUAAAAGUGCUUCAAUGUCAAA